AUGUCUGACGAUUCCGGAAAAUCAGAGCAUAGUGAAGCUCAAAGAAUGAAAUUAAAUACGGAUGAAGUUUUGAUUGGAGAAAUAAAAAUAGGUGAUUUUGCAAUUGUCACCUAUUUUGAAGAAUAUUAUCCAGCACAAAUUACAGAUAAAAACAGUGAAAAGAUGUUGGCUAAUGCAAUGGUUAAGGCUGGCGCCUCACAAAUCAAAGGUUUGGAACAAACAAACAAUAACGAAAUACACGAAAGAAUAGAAUGUGAUCACCAAGAAACAGGGUAUCAGAUUAUGAAUGACGAUUAUCUAACAGAAAGUUUUGACACAAGUAGUGAUGAUGAUGAUGAGAAUUGUGCUGACAAUGAUUGCGUCAUUAAGACAAGUGAUCGGGAAGCAACACUUUACAAGAUAUUGAUUCCUGAUAAAGAUCUACUUUUGGUGUUAAAUAACGCUAUUGGAAACGUUGACGAAGGUACAGAAACUCUGAAGGAAUGUACAGAAAAUAUGUAUAUAGGGAAAGGAGCAGGAGAUUCUAUUACAGAACAUGGAAUUGUGAAUGGAGGCCAUGUAUACGAAAAUAAUUAUGCAGAGACAAACUUAGGUUUUAAUGAGGUAGUUAUAGAAAGGACCGAUAAAGCGGAAUAUAUAGAUAAUUUCGACGGAAACAAGAAAACUUUUUUCGACGGAAACAAGAAAAGAAGAGAAACGUCUAAAAAAGGAUUCAAUAACGAUGGCUAUUUAAAAACGGAUAAAGAGAGACUUCAAGAAGAACUAGUUGGGCUAAUUAGAAAAAGUCAACAAGAUGCACAUCAGUUACCGUUGACGGAGACGUCAAAUACAGAAAUUGACGACAUCAUUUGGCAAGAUUUUGACAACUUGGUCAAAUCUUCAAACACUGUAACAAGCCCAACGGCAGUGGCUAUAGCUGAACUAAAAAUGUUUUCAGAAGAGGCGAAUUUAGAAAAAAAAAAACAAAAUCCUCUGCUCUGGUGGAAGGAAAGAGAAAAGAUAUAUCCAUGGCUUGCGGUAUUAGCAAAGAGAUAUUUGCCAGUAAUUGCUACAUCCGUUCCAUGUUAG